AUGAUAGAAAGAGCACAGAAUGGCUAUGAAGGUUAUCGUGUGAAGGACAGCACCACUCGGGAGCCAACUCUGAUGGGCAAAAAGCAAAACCUAAAAGGCCCAAAUAUGGUCCAACGGGCUGUGGAGAAGGUAAAACUUACUCAGCAGAGAUUAUUAGCUGCCCAAAGUCAACAGAAGGUAUAUGUAGACAAUAGACAUCAACCUUUGGAAUUUCAAGUAAGUGUCUGGGUGUUCGUAAAGGUGUUGCCCAUGAAAGGAGUAAUGAGGUUUGGCAAUAAAGUAUAUCCAGUCUUUCAUGUAUCAAUGCUUCGCAAAUGCGUUGAUCCAUCCCGAGUAUAUCUCGUAGAUGAUAUCCAUUUCACAAAGGAGUUAUCCUAUAAAGAUCAACCUAUUGCCAUCCUAGAUUGGCAGAUUAGAAGAUUGCGGACUAAGGAUGUAGCUUCUAUCAAGUUGCAGAUGGUUGGAUGGCGUGUUGCAGGGAUGGAAGGUGUUCUAAAAUGGGUUUGA